UUUCCUAGCGAGCCACAACACCAUAACAACAGACGCGAGCUAGACGGAAGCAUCGCGCUUUAUCAGGUGAAAAACUCUAUUUUCUAUUGUUUUGUUUAGAUUUCCCAACUUAUCAACCACUGCUACUACUACUACUACUAACACUACGACGGUGAUCGCGCUUUCGUAACACGUCGACCGGAUGACACGUACAGGAGAAAAUGGCAAGGAUCGGCGUCGGUCGCGAAGCAAGUCGAACUCUCCGGAGCGCAAGAAGAAGCGCUCGAGAAGUCACGAUCGGAGCAAAUCCGGCGCCUCUCGUUCGUCCGCGAACAAUGGCAGUGCGAAUGCAUCCGGCAUGGGAAGUAUUUCCGGCAGCGGCGGCAGCAGCAGCAGCAGCAGUAGUAGCGCCGCUCGCCGAGAACGCCACCGGGAAGAGCAUCGGGAGCGUGAACGGGAACUGUGGGAGCGGGAGAAGGAACGAGACCGCGAGCUGGAAAAGGAACGUGAGAAGGAAGCUGCCCGCAAGCGGGAACGGGAGAAGGAGAGGGAAAAGCUACGGGAGCAGGCAACCAAGUAUGCCCAAAGCGUUAGCAGCAGCGGCAAACAGUCCAAGUUUGACCAGAUGCCCCCGGGGAUGAUGGCACCCCCGCCUCUGCUCCCUCCGACGGUAGUGGUGGUAGAAAAGUUGGCCGAAGAGAAAAAGGUAUUCCGGGAGCGGCCCAAGGAAGAGGUGUACGAGGUGCCGGUGGCACCGAUGGACAAGGAGGAGGAGCAGCGUCGCCUGGAGCAGGAGAUGACGAAGCGCCGGGAGCGGAUCGAACGGUGGCGGGCGGAACGCAACAAAAAGGAGCAGGAAAUUAAGAAACCGCUGCCCACGAUCGUGCCCGUCUCGGUGUCCGGUGCGAAAAAGUGGAGCCUCGAGGACGACGAGGAAGACGACGAAACGGAGGACGCAAAGGAUAAGGCGGACGGAGCGGCCGAGGAGGAGGAAGAGAUCGAUCCGCUGGACGCGUUCAUGAAGGAGGUCAAUGAGGAGGUGCGCAAAGUGAACAAACUGUCCAACCCGCUGCCCAAAACGGACGGUAAAGCGUCGAACAGUGGCGUUACGAUCAUCACCGGCGUGGCCAAGCAGAAGCAGGAAACGAAAAAGGGCGAACUGAUCGAGCAGAACCAGGACGGGCUGGAGUACUCGUCGGAGGAGGAGCAGGAGGACAUUAAAGACACGGCGGCGAAUCUGGCCAACAAGCAGAAGAAGGAGCUGGCGAAAAUAGACCAUUCCGGCAUCAACUAUAUGCCCUUCCGGAAGUCGUUCUACGUGGAGGUGCCGGAAAUUGCGCGCAUGACACAGACGGAGAUCGACGCGUACAAGAAGGAGCUGGAGGGCAUUGCGGUCAAGGGCAAGGGGUGCCCGAAACCGAUCAAAACAUGGGCCCACUGCGGCGUGUCGAGGAAGGAGUUCGAGGUGCUGCGUAAGCUCGGGUUCGAGAAGCCCACACCGAUCCAGUGCCAGGCCAUACCGGCCAUCAUGUCCGGUCGGGAUCUGAUCGGCAUCGCAAAAACGGGCAGCGGAAAAACUCUUGCCUUCAUUUUGCCCAUGUUCCGGCACCUUCUCGAUCAGCCGCCGUUAGAGGACGGGGAUGGACCGAUCGCUAUCAUAAUGACGCCGACGCGGGAGCUAUGCAUGCAGAUCGGAAAGGAUAUUAAGAAGUUUUCUAAAUCCUUGAACCUCCGGACGGCUUGCGUGUAUGGUGGCACGGGCAUAUCGGAGCAGAUAGCGGAGCUGAAGCGGGGCGCAGAGAUUAUCGUCUGUACGCCGGGCCGUAUGAUUGACAUGCUGGCGGCUAAUUCGGGUCGCGUUACAAACCUGCGCCGGGUUACGUACGUUGUGCUGGACGAGGCGGACCGUAUGUUCGACAUGGGCUUUGAACCGCAGGUAAUGCGCAUCAUUGAUAACGUGCGUCCCGAUCGGCAGACGGUAAUGUUUAGUGCUACGUUCCCCCGCCAGAUGGAGGCGCUUGCACGAAGGAUCCUGAAAAAGCCGAUCGAGGUGCAGGUCGGUGGCCGAUCGGUCGUCUGUAAGGAUGUGGAGCAGCACGUGGUUGUGCUGGAUGAUGAGGCCAAGUUUUUCAAACUGCUCGAACUGCUCGGAAUUUACCAGGAGCAGGGUAGUAUCAUCGUGUUUGUCGAUAAGCAGGAAAAUGCCGACAGCCUGUUGAAGGAUCUGAUGAAGGCGUCCUAUCCGUGCAUGAGCUUGCACGGCGGUAUUGAUCAGUUCGAUCGGGACUCGACCAUGGUAGAUUUUAAGCAGGGCCGUGUAAAACUAUUGAUCGCUACCUCAGUUGCCGCUCGCGGGUUAGAUGUGAAGCAGCUCAUCCUGGUCGUUAACUAUGACUGUCCGAAUCACUACGAAGACUACGUGCAUCGCUGUGGCCGGACGGGACGUGCAGGGGCAAAAGGAUUCGCGUGGACAUUCCUUACGCCCGAGCAGGGACGCUACUCCGGUGACAUUAUUCGUGCUCUCGAGCUGUCCGGUGGCACAGUGCCGGAGGAUUUGCGGAACCUCUGGGACACGUACAAAGCAGCACAGGAGGCAGAGGGCAAGAAGGUCCACACCGGCGGUGGCUUCAGUGGCAAAGGGUUCAAGUUUGAUGCCCAGGAAGCGGCCGCUGUAAACGAACGCAAGAAGAUGCAAAAGGCUGCCCUAGGAUUGCAGGAUUCGGACGAUGAGGAAGAUCUCGAGCAGGACAUUGAUCAGCAGAUCGAAAACAUGUUCGCAACGAAGCGCAUUGUGAAGGAGGUUGAGCCACCUGCCAGCAAUAAACACGAGCAGCAGAAUAAUCCACCGCCGGCACCGGCUCCCCCGGUACCGAGUGUGACGCACUCGGACAAGCUCGAACUGGCCAAGCGGUUGGCAUCGAAGAUUAAUCUGCAGAAGACGCUGGGCACGGAUUCGAAGGGUGCGACACAGCAGGCCGCAGAAGCAAUACUGAAGGGUGCCAACACGCAGCAGUUGAUUGCCGCCAAAACGGUCGCGGAGCAGUUGGCAGCCAAGCUUAAUAACAAGCUCAACUAUCAACCGAAGGACGAAGAGGAACCGGUGGUGGAAACGAAUGAGCAAGUGUUCCGCAAGUAUGAGGAAGAGCUAGAGAUCAACGAUUUCCCGCAGCAGGCUCGCUGGAAGGUUACAUCUAAGGAAGCGUUAGCGCAAAUAUCUGAAUACUCCGAGGCGGGUCUUACCGUGCGCGGUACGUACGUGCCACCAGGUAAAAACCCUCCGGACGGCGAGCGUAAGCUGUACCUUGCUAUCGAAAGCUGCAAUGAGCUAGCUGUGACGAAAGCGAAACGUGAAAUUACGCGCCUGAUAAAGGAAGAGCUGCUGAAACUGCAAGCGUCCUCUCACCACGUUAUUAAUAAGGCACGAUACAAGGUGGUAUAAGCGCAUCAAAGUCAAACGUUGCAUCCUGGUAGCCGAGCGACUGGUAGCACGAGAACGUACAUGCCACGAAAAUAGAGCAACUUAUUGCUUUCAAAAUAAAGUAAUUACACUCCUAGCAAUAGAAGAAAAAAGAUGUAAACAGCAAUUCUGCUCAGGCUUAGAAGAUCAAUAUAUGCGAAAUGUAAUUAAAUGUUGGAAGUGGGGCGAUCUAGACAAACUUGAACUAGUAAUCAUGACCGUGGCCCACUUUCUUGAGCACAAAAUUUUCACAACACUGGUUG